GGUGUAGGGCUUUAGAUUUCUUCUUGGUUUUGAGGCGAUGGCAGCUCCAGGGAAGGCUUUGCUUACUGCUGGCCUUGCCGCGGUGGGCGGCAUUGUCACGCUUUCGCUCAUCUCCACCGUCUCACUGCGAGCAUUCAAAGCUGUCGUGGAUAAAAACCGGAGAAAGGUUGCACCGCCCUGCCAAGUUUGCAAGGGGAAAGGAUUUGUUCCAUGCAAGCUCUGCAAAGGCAGCUCCACCGUUAGCUGGUCGCCAUUGUUUGAUCCGGUCUUCAUCAAGCCUUGCGUCUGCCCAACCUGCGAAGGCAACAGAGUACAACGUUGCCUCAAUUGCAUUGGCAAUGGCUUCGUCUAGAAAUACUUUAACUUUGAGCGUGCAGCGUGUGAACAAAAGUGGAAGUGGAAACUUUUUUUUCUUUUCCA